AAUCCGUUUGUCCAAGAACUCCAUUUCCCCCAUAUUCAUCACAUCCCUAUUGUCAUAGAUAGAGUCCUACCCGUCACGCCCGCAUGCCCUAUUCCUGUUGGCCUCGGGGAUACUCUCUACCUCUCAAACCUCGAUGAUAUGAUCGGAGCUCGAGUUUUCACCCCCACGGUGUUCUUCUACCCUAAACAUCAAUUGGGCCUCGACCCCAGGCCCAUUAUGAGGAAAGCUCUUGCCGCGGUUUUGGUUCCCUACUAUCCUUUUUCGGGUAGGCUUCGAGAGACCAAGAAUGGUAAACUCCAAGUGUUUUUUGGGCACGACCAAGGUGCUCUUAUGGUUGAGGCACAUUCCAACAUGUCCUUGAGCGAUUUAGGAGACCUUACUGUUCCCAACCCCGCUUGGGGCCCAUUGGUGUAUAAGUUUGCGGAUGAAGGCCCGUAUAAAGUGACAGACAUGCCAUUGGUCAUAGCCCAAGUUACAUUAUUCCAAUGUGGAGGAUUCUGUCUCGGGCUUAGGACAUGCCAUUGCAUAUCUGAUGGGCUUGGAGCAAUGCAGUUCUUAAAUGCUUGGGCCUCUACAGCAAGGGCCGGGAAAUUGGUUAUUCACCCAAUUCCUUGUUGGGACAGGGAGAAAUUUAAGCCCGAUGGGCUUCCGAAGGUUCGAUAUCCACAUACGGAGUUUAUGAAUAUUGAAGAAGGGUCCAACUUGACUAUGAAUUUGUGGCAAACGAAGCCAGUUCAAAAAUGUUAUCGUGUUAGUAGAGAAUUCCAGGCUCACAUAAAACAAUUGGGGCAAGAAAGCGAGAAAAUUGCAAUAAGUACAUUUGAUGCGAUGGCAGCCCAUGUUUGGAGGUGUUGGGUUAAGGCCUUGGAAGUGGAGCCGGCUGAGUUUGAACUUCGGUUGACAUUUUCGGUGAACGCUCGUCAAAAGAUGAAACAAAGACCCUUGGGAGAUGGGUUCUACGGAAACGCCCUGUGCAUCGCGUGUGCCACGAGCACGAUAUCCGAACUUAGCGACGGACUCCUGUCGGAUAUCGCGAGUAGAGUCCACGAAUCGAGACAACUAAUAACAGAAGAGUAUGUUCAAUCGACAAUUGAUUAUAUUGAAUUGAAAAGACCAACUAGGCUUGAAUUUGGUGGAAAGUUGACAAUAACUCAAUGGACGCGUUUCUCAAUGUACGAGUCGACUAAUUUUGGGUGGGGGCGGGCCAUUUAUGCGGGUCCUAUAGAUCUAACGCCUACACCACAAAUUUGUGUAUUUCUACCCGAGGGUGAACCCGGCUCAACUGGGAAUAUGUUGCUCUUUAUUUGCUUGCCACAAUGGGCUACACUAAGAUUUGCGAGACUCUUGUCUCUACUCGAAUGA